CGUUGCUGUCAUUAGUUGAGCCAUACAUUCCCAGAAUGGACUUCGAUUAUGUGGAACAAACAUCACCGUAGAGAGGGCACUUAGGUUUGGUCAUUAGCAAGCUGACCUAUGUGGUGGCUAAAUAGUCACAGGACUGUGUGACUUAUCGUAGCAAGUUCGAGUACCACUCCACCCAGCCUGGCCACAGCGAGGAUGUUCCCCAGCCUGGCCCACAGACCACUGCACGUCUUCUGCAGGGUCUCCUUGCAGCACAGAGCCUCCCUGUCACAGCGAUCACCGAGAGUCCCGCAGCCCUGUUAUUCCUGGCAAAGUGGAGGCAUACAUAGCUUAUGGUUCAGCCUCCCAGACUGCCGUGUGGCCUCUCUAGGGUUGGGUAAGGUCCAGCAUUACUCUACCUCUGGCAAUAGUAAAGAUGGUCCACCAAAACAAGGAGCAGGGGAUGCGCCCGAAGCAGAGAAGGUGGUGUCUGGGGCCACGAAACCCUUCCUAGCCUCGGCAGCAGGACUAAGUUCUGGCUCAAAACUUCAGGGUUUGACGAAGGCUGAGACAAUUCAAGUUAAAGUGCGGGCUGUCCUGAAGAAAAGAGAUUAUGGAUCCAAGUACACUCAGAACAACUUCAUCACUGCAGUCAGAGCCAUGAAUGAGUUCUGCCUUAAGCCAAGUGACCUGGAACAACUACGAAAGAUCAGGAGGCGCAGCCCUCAUGACGACACAGAGGCUUUUACUGUAUUUUUGCGGUCAGAUGUGGAGGCCAAAGCACUAGAUGUAUGGGGAAGCCAUGAAGCUCUUGCCAGAGAGACAAAACUCAGGAAAGAGGUGGAAAGAGAGUACCAAGAGAAUAUUUUCCGAAAUCAGCAAUUACUGAAAGAAUACAAAGACUUCUGGGGAAACACAAAGCCUCGAUCAGGCAAGAGGGCAACAUUCCUACAAGGACCGGGAAAGGUGGUGAUGGUUGCUAUUUGCAUCAAUGGGCUGAAUUUCUUCUUCAAGCUUCUGGCUUGGGUGUACACUGGAUCAGCUAGCAUGUUCUCCGAGGCCAUCCACUCAUUGGCUGACACCUGUAACCAGGCACUUCUUGCACUAGGAAUCAGCCAGUCUGUCCGCAACCCUGAUGCUGUGCAUCCGUAUGGCUUUUCCAACAUGCGCUACAUCGCCUCCCUUAUAAGUGGAGUGGGAAUCUUCAUGAUGGGAGCAGGUCUCUCCUGGUACCAUGGCAUCAUGGGACUGCUGCACCCACAGCCCAUUGAGUCUCUGUUGUGGGCCUACUGUAUUUUGGCUGGCUCUCUUGUCUCUGAAGGAGCUACGCUGCUAGUAGCCAUCAAUGAGAUAAAGAAGAGUGCCCAUCAGCAAGGGGUGUCUUUCUAUGAAUAUGUAAUGCAGAGUCGAGACCCUAGCACAAAUGUAGUGCUGCUGGAGGAUGCUGCUGCUGUACUAGGGGUCAUCAUGGCUGCUGGCUGCAUGGGGCUCACUUCACUUACAGGUAACCCUUACUAUGACAGCUUGGGUUCCCUGGGUGUAGGCACUUUGCUGGGCACUGUCUCAGCCUUCCUCAUCUACACUAACACAGAGGCCCUGCUAGGACGCUCUAUACAGGCUGAACAUGUACAGAAGCUUACAGAGUUCUUGGAGAAUGACCCUGCUGUAAGGGCCAUACAUGAUGUGAAGGCUACUGAUAUUGGGCUUAGUAAAGUGCGCUUCAAGGCAGAAGUCGACUUCGAUGGGCGAGUGGUGACACGAUCUUACUUAGAGAAGCAGGACAUCGACCAGAUUCUAAAUGAUAUCCAGCAGGUGAAGACUCCUGAGGAGUUGGAGACUUUCAUGCUGAAGCACGGUGAGAACAUCAUUGACACCCUGGGGGCCGAGGUGGAUCGUUUAGAGAAAGAGCUCAAGCAACGUAACCCCGAGGUUCGUCACGUAGACUUGGAGAUUCUAUAAAUGCUUGUAAAUCUUUGCCGAGAGAAGAUCCCGCUGCACUGAGAAGAAGGAGCCACGAGAGGAGGUGGUGGCCUGGGGGCCGAGCCCACCUUCCACACCCUGCAGUCUGUUCUCCCAUUCCCACCACUGCCAUCCAGCCAUCUUUUCGGACCAACUCAUCAUUAAGUCUUACCUUAUAACAGUUCUAGAACUGCACACCGACAGUGUUUGUAUAGUCAUAUAGUGCUCUCUUCCAGUUAAUUAGUUUUGCUGCCAGUCAAUGACAAAGGGUUCACGUUGUCAGAGGUUUACCUUUUACAUAGAAAAUUGGGUAGGUGGGGGGUAGCGGCGAAAGUCUAAGGACUGUGAAAACAGCUACCUAAAAUUUCAAGAGAGUUUUAUAUCCGAGUUCACAGACAGGUAUUGCACAGUUAGAUCUUACAGCUAUCAGCUUGUGUUCACUUUCCCACACAAAUGUGGUUGAAUUCAUUUUAAAUCAUGACCUUCUUUUUCAGUUUACAAGACAGGACAUUUAUCUAUUACCACACCUCUAUAACUAUUUAAUGACACUAUAGAACCAAAAAUCUUUAUUGGUAUUAAAGAAAUUCAAUGACUGAACCCUUUGGUGUCUUAAGAAUUCUUCAAUCAGUAGACAUUAAGCCAUAAAACAGAUUUCUUAUUUUAUGAUGGGGAAAAAGAAAGUAUUUAAGGUGGCAUAUUGCAUUGAGCAGUUUCUUAACAAAUUUGAAAACUAGUGAUAGAUUGUAUUAGAAUUUUCGAGAAAUAAAUAAUCAUCUCUUUCAAGUUUCCUUAAAGAGAUUUGUAUUUGAUAGAUUUGGCACAGUGUGUGGCCUGAUCUUGAGUAUAAUAGCAGUUGUAACCAUCAAAAUUAUGCAAAAUUCAAUUUAAUAAGCAGGUCCAUCAGAUUAUCAGAGAAGCAUUUGUAAAGUUUGUAUUCUGUCAGUAAGUCAUGUCAUGUCAUCCCCCAAAGCAGCUGAAAUGAAAAUGUCAGAUUUCUCCCCUUGCCAGUCAAUGCCGUUUUAGGCAGUGGCAUCACAAUCUCUCACCCCUCUUUGUCAUUUUCUCUUUUCACUUGCUCUGAUGAACACUGCGGGCUGCUGUGGUGUUGUCCAAAGUUGAGGAUUGGCACUUUGUCUUGAUAGGUCAGCAGCUUUUCAGUAGAUGCGGGCUGCUUUGAUGUUGUCCUAAAGCUGAGGAUUGGCACUUUGUGUUACUAGGUCAGCAGCUUGUCAGUAGAUGAUUGUCUUGUUCCAAAGAUGAAGCAGUCAUUGCCCCUAGUCCAACCAACUGUAAAUAAGAGAUUUUUUUUUUUGGAAAUGGGCAGGACGGUUCACGUGAAAUGCAAGGUAACACUUAACAAUGCUGUCAUGAUUUAUGGCAGUGAGGGGAAAAGGCAAAUUAUUGAAUAAACCAUCUGUCCCCAUGCAGCACAGAUAUGACUGAAUGGCGUACUAGUGUAGAACUCUCAAUUCUCUGACCAUUCAGGUCGGGACAUACAGGAUGUCCAUCAGUUAACCUUAUUAAUUAUGCUUGAUAUUGCUGCCAGAUUCUGCAUCACAUUCAAUAUCUGGGGUUUUACUUAGUUAUGACUGUAGGUGCUGAAUCAAAGUCACAGAGAUCUCUAGGCACCGCUGCAGGAGACUUGCUUACAAUUGCAGCCCAAUAUUGAAUGGCUCAGUGUGUGAGGAGGUGGGCUGAAGUGGUUUCAGUUCAUUGGGAGGGGUGGAUACAUAUAUUUUUAAAGGUUUUCAUGGAUAAUGUAAUGUUUCCCUUU